AGGUGGUUGAAAUCUUGGUAGCCCGAUUAAUCACAGGUGUGGGAAUCGGAGGUGCUUUCACGGUCCUCCCAAUUUAUGUAGGCGAAAUGUCCUUAGACGAACAUCGAGGCGCUUUAGGUUCCGGCAUGAACUGCUUCAUUUGCUUCGGUCUAAUCUUCACCUACGUAGUUGGUUACUACAUCAGCAGUGUGAUGAUUUUCAAUAUCCUGCUGGCAUGUUUAGCCGCAGGAUACUUCGUUAUUUUCGCGUUAAUUGGAACAGAAACGCCCCAUUAUUAUGUCCAAAAGAACAAGCACGAUUUGGCAAAAGCCGCCUUGCUUAGGAUCAGAGACACUCCUGAGGACGUGACUGAGAAGGAGCUGGAGCUGAUCAAGAGCGAAAUUGAAAAAGAAGAACAAGGAAGCAUUGUGGAUAUAUUUAGGUCGAAAGGCACGACGAAGGCUUUUAUUAUCGGGAGCGGUUUGGUGUUCUUCCAGCAAGCUUCCGGAAUUAAUGCUGUGCUGUUUUUUGCGCAACAAAUUUUCCAAGACGCCGGAACCACGCUGGCUCCUGCAUAUUGUUCCAUGAUAAUUGGUGGAGUUCAAUUUGGGACCAGUUUUGUCACUCCUCUAGUCUCGAACAUGUUCGGCCGCAAAGUUUUACUUAUCGGAUCUGCCAUCGGCAUGGCUCUUAGCGAAAGCAUUCUCGGCAUCUACGACAUCAUCAGGGCAGCAGACGAAGACAAAGUCAGUUCACUCAGCUUCCUACCAAUCGUGUCUCUGGUUCUAUAUAUUAUUACGUAUAACGUUGGAUUUGGUCCUUUGCCAUGGGCAGUUAUUGGCGAAAUAUUUCCCAACAGCAUCAAAUCUUCAGCCAGCGCUUUGGCGACUUCAGUUUGCUGGCUCACCAGCUUCAUAAUCACCAAAUGGUUUUCACAAGUGGCAGAGGCUAUUGGACAAGGGCAAUGUUUCCUCGGAUUCGCCGGAUUUUCCCUACUGGCUGCAGUGUUUGUUUUCUUCGUGGUGUUGGAAACAAAAGACAAAACCUUAGCAGAAAUUCAGGUUGAUUUGAAUAAGUAACUGCGAUUUUUUAUAUAGUUAAUAUGAUGUGAGGUUUUUAUUUCAUCAAAGAACACUCAACAGCAUUCUCCUAUUCAACGGAAAUUUGCGCUUGCUUCAGUUUCACUGCAAGCCACUGCUCGUUUUUACGCGCCGAUUAUUCAUAUUAAUUAUGCAUUGUUAACAGGAUUAAGGGAUUCGCUGCACAAACUUGUUAAAAUUGUACAUAUUAGACUUUUUGAGUAAUAAAAUUGAUUAUUUAUUGUUUCA